AUGACCUCGGCCGCUCAAGGCAAUCGUCUGGUCGAUGCAUUCCAAGACGCGUUCAUUCGGCUCAUCCAUUUGGUCAUUCCGGCUUACGAUGCCGGCAUGUGGAACUAUUUAUUCGAACCGGCUCCGAAUGGGACUGGUUCAAAUGAUCCCCGUCUACUCCAGGCCACGAAUCUGACCUAUCAGGGUCAGUGGAGUCGCACUAUCCAAAAUCUAUUGAUCCAGCCGUACAACUCGCUGGAUGUGUUCGCCUGGGUCACCUCGGACGGGACGGGAGCGAAUACAGCUUUGGCAAAGAUUCUAAGCCAACCGCGUCACAUGUUCCUUGUAUGUGUUGUCAUGUCCGUCGUUCUUUUGAUCGCUCUGCUGUUCACGGUGGCCACUCUGCUGAUCCCUUUUUGUUGCUGGGACGAGGGAUGUGUUUGUCUCCCGACGAGAAACUCAGCCUGUGCGUGUAUCGGUUGUGACAAAUCUUCCCCAGUGUUGGAGAUGGGCGGUGCCAGUGGUGGUGGUGGCGGCGGCGGUGUGAUUCGGAGAAUCAGAUCUCAUGGAAACUUAGCUCUUCCACCGUCUUAUCUCAACGACGAGCCAAGACGGACUUUAUCGAUUGGAUCCGUUCGUCAAUGUUUGCAUAAUCCCCGGAUUGGACAGUGGGCAGCCAAUGCUGAUUCACCAGCCUCAUCCGACCUGUAUGUGAAUGAUCCAACAAUUGUCGGUCGUCGUGGUCAACCACGACCGGAUCCUGUAUGGAACAUUCCUCUACGUCGUAAUUCAAGCGUGGACACAUUACCUCUGGGUAGUGAGGCACGUCUUUGUCAAUACCCCCGAGACUUCACUGAUCCGGUCGAUCUAACUCCCUCGAAACGAGAAGCGUUAUCCUGGCGAGCGAAGAACGCCAAACGAGUUCACUACGCUUUGUUCGCUUUAAAUUGGAUUUUCAUUCUAUUCCUGCUGAUUGGUUACAUUCUGCUGGGUUAUGCGUUAGAUCGAGUCUAUCUUUUUGCAAAACCCACUGAUAAUCCGCCUGACACAGUGCAAACUUUGCAACAGAGCAUAGUGGCCAUCAUGAAUGGGGCGGCUUCAUUCUUACUGGAAAUAGUCAGUCAGGGACAAGCGGCCACAGCAGACACAGUGGAAGGACUUCAGAAACAAGUGACGAUGCGUCAAUCAAUUUGCGCUACUGAUCAAACGCAAUCAUGUCGAAGAAUCAUGUCCGAAGAAGUGGCUCCGGUCAGAGAGUUUUGUUUGUUAAACAACCUGGUGGACUUACGUUGUUCUGUCAUCUGUGAAACUACACGUUUACCGUUUAUGUCUCGUGGAAACAGUUGUACAGGUGCCCCGUGGUUUCUCAUAUCCCGCUUCGCUUAG